AAGGCAGAGGAGGCGCAUUCCGAGGUUAUUGAAGACGGUUUAACAUCACGGUUUGUGAGGCGGAUAACCUGAACGGAAUUACGAUCUGGAAGAAACUGGAAAAUACAUUUACAGACUUGGGAAUACAAUCUAAAAACUUUGGUGAAUACACUGCCGGGAUUGCUUUUACUAAACUACAGCCUGUGUAUUAUACCACACAAAGCUACAGUCAUGACGCGUGUUACAGUUGCGCUUGUGCUUUUCCACGCAGCCGUAUUCUGCAGUUUAGUGAAGGGAGCUGCCAUUGAACGGUUCGAGACCGACAUGUCUCCCAGUGUAGAAAGCAAAGAGGCGCUCAGCAACAAAAUAAUCGGAGAUGACGACUAUGGUUACUACUACGACAGCAGCAAAGAGCUGGAAUACGAGGAGGAACCCUGGUCCGGAGACUAUGACGUUGAAUUCCCGAGAGUGGCGUUUUCCACCAAACCACUAGACCUGUCCACCACUUUAAACCAAGAACAAGACAAAAAGAGGAAAGGCAUGGGGAAGAAAAAGGGCAAAGGCAAAAAGAGAGACCCCUGCCAGAGAAAAUACAAAGACUUCUGCAUCCACGGGGAGUGCAAAUACAUCCGAGAUCUCAAAGCGCCGUCCUGUGUCUGCCAGCAGGGAUACGUGGGAGAGCGGUGUCAUCUCUUCAGCCUGCCGGUGGUUAAGAACAAGGACAGCUACGACAGGACCACUGCCCUCGCUGUGGUGGCCGUGGUGCUCUCGUCCGUGUGCUUGAUUGGAAUCGCAGCGCUUCUAGCACUGAGGUUUCAUAAGAGGGGAGCGUACGAUGUGGAAAAUGAAGAGAAGGUCAAGCUGGGAACAGCAACGAACCACUAAAAAAAGCAAGAAAUGGGAAUCGAAGCUCUACCUCAAAGGAAGGAGGAGGAAUGUGAAAGGGAGUGAAGCUUCUGGAUGUUUGAAUGUUUCUUUGAAAAGAAGUAUUUAAUUCACCACGGAGGAGUGGCAGACAAGGAGAGCAUUCGAAGGAGACUAAUUUGGAAGGAAACAUCCACUGCAAGCAGAAGCAGCCAGGGCUGGCCAAUGGAAACUUGUGUCACUGAAGGAUAUGUGAAAAGACUCGAAGGCUGGCCCAGUGUUCUGGGAUCUGGCCAGCUGUGACAGUACCUUUAUUAACCAGUAAUCCCAAUUUAUUUAAUGCAACUUCCACUGUCUGUUAGGUUUGAAAAUGUUACGAGUUCGUUGAAAGUUACUUGCAUUCUCUGAGUGCACUCCAAAAGAUGUAGCGUUUGUCGGUCUGUAUAUUACAGAUACUGCUACACUUGCUAAUGUACUGUACCAAUUAUUAAUACUUAUACAAGAUGGAUAUUUAUAUUUAGUAUACAAGCUUUUUAACUUAUUUAUUUAAAUAACAUUUUUAUAUUAUAUUUAUUUCUGGUUUUUACUGGCGAAUUUGAUAAAACGGCAGAACUUUCUCUGUCUGUUUUGCAUAUUGGCUGAGAUUCGUGUUUGUUGUUUUUUUUUAUUAAAUAAUAGUUCAUGUUACUGGUGUAGUAUGCUUUUUCUCAAGUUCUUUAGUGCUGGGGCUCGCUAGUGUUUCAGCAGGUGCAUUCAUGUCCAAUAAAAAGACAUUUGUAGAGCUGGGUUUUAACUGAGAAAUAACGAUUCCAAAAUGAAACAGUAACUGAACACUUAUUAGUAGAACAUGGAGUGGUGUUCUUCAUUUGUUUUUGUUUUACUGGGGGAUAUGAAGAUUUUUGAAAUACCGCGUUACUGCCUUAGAAAUGGCUGCGUCCCGGUUCCUUGUCACAGUGUGGUGCAGAUUCUGAGAAGGAUACAGGAAGCAGCACCUUUUAGAGUAUGGUCUUUAUGGUAUUAAACUUUCUAAGCCCAAUUAAAUGAAAUAUAUCAUCGAUAAUGUUUCUAGGUAAGAUGAAUUGUAAAGCCUUGGUUACCUUGUCUGAUUGUGGGCUGUGAAUCAGACAGUACAGCACACAAUGGGGUUCCUGUGUGCUGGAUCUGCCUUGGAUCGGCAGUUCUCUUUGCAUCAGCACAGCAAAGAUCCUGCUGAACUGUUCAGGACACUUUUCAGAAAAAAAAAUAAAAAUCUGUAAACCUUUCUAAAAAAAAUAAAUAAAAACUGAAAGGCAGACUCCUGAUAAUAGCCUCCCUCAGUCCCGGCAGAACACUCCAGGAAAGCUAGAGAAGGGUUCCAGUUCUAGAAGGUUUGAAGUCAGGGUGUGGGGGGAGCUCUGCAAUUGUCACUUAAAAACAGAGUAGCAAACUUUGCAUAGGCUUGACCAUUGAUGGGGACCCAAUAAUCAGAUACAUUGAUAGGACGAUGGACCUCCUUAACUGUUACUUCUCAAAAUGUUUUGCGAUUGUUCAAGACAUUGCUGUAUUUAUUUAUAAAAAAAAAAAAAAAAAAACACUGUCUGUUUUAAUAAUUUAAUUAUUUGCGAUAAAGACCCCCUAAUAAUCCUAGCUUUUCUGGCCAUCUUAAGAGCGCACUGCAAUUGUUUUGCAUGUGUGGCUCAAUAUUUAGUGCAUCAGGAUUAUCCUGUUCUCUGCCUGCAAGGAGGAUGGUACAGGGGGAAAGCUGGAAGUCACAGCCAUGGUUUGGGACAGUCUGCACAAAAUUACCUGCAGAGGGGUGUCAUUUUAAGCAGCAAUAAAUCAUUGCUUUUUUUAUUUGGCUUUGAUAAAGGCAAGUUAAUUUUAUCAAUAACAUGAUUACUUUUUAGUUCACUAAACUUGUAACCGUUGCCUCUGAAAGGCUGUGCAUGCCUCUGUUUGAGGCUUUUGGUUUCGCUUGAACAGACGGUGCUGGUGUGUUCACUGCAAUGAGCUUCAAAUUGCACCCUGGAGUAUAAACGGUUGGAAAUGUUUUAUAAGAAGAACAAUGUUUGUGUCUUUGUUAGAGAUAGCUUUCCUUUAUGGACUAAGCUGUAUUGCAUACUCAGGCCCUUGGUUUCAGUUGUACCAAUUUACAGGUUUAUUAAAAGUUAUUUUCAAUUUUCACCAAUAACACAAGAAAAUACCUGUUUGUUUAUAUGUAAAACAAAAUAUAUAACCUAAUAUAACUGGUACCAUUUCUCCAAAUAAAAAAAAUAACUAGCUUCUACUGCUUAAUGAAUGCUUGGUGUUUUUCUCUGUCCAUCUACCAUAUUCAAUCAGACAUUUAGCUAAAAAUUGAUUUGCACUGUUUUUUUUUCCUUUUUGGAAUACAAUAAGAAAUGACAUGCAAAUCAGUGUAAAAUAAUAACUGGAAAUGGAGGGUCCACCUGUGUGCAUUAUACAUGUAUUUAGCAAGACCAGGCAGCACAUCGCUCCCUGUCUGAGUCUUUCUCUCCAGUGUCUUUGAUUAACACGCAGAGCCUCUGAAUGGUAUCUGUAUGUCCUGCUUCUGAGUAAACUCAGAGUUUCACCUCCUGUGUAUUCUUCUCUAUUGUACAACCAUGUAAAACUGUUUGAACAAGAAACUCUGGUCAUUUAAUAACAUUUUGUAUGAGAAUUAUAAGUAGAAGAAGUUUUCCUAACUGCAAUGGAAUAAAGAAUUUCAGAAAACA